AUGGGUGACGUCCCUGCUGCCAUGUCGCAGCAGCAGCAGCAGCAGCAUCAGCAGCAGCAGCAGCAGCAGCAGCAGCAGCAGCAGCAGCAGCAGCAGCAGCAGCAGCAGCAGCAGCAGCAGCAGCAGCAGCAGCAGCAGCAGCAGCAGCAGCAGCAGCAGCAGCAGCAUGCUAGAAUCACCGCGAAUAGCAGCCCUGUCCCCGCCAAAGCCACUCCAGCCGCUCGAGGCGAUGAGCAGAGAAGAAUCAGGAGGGAGUAUCAGCCGGGGAACGUGGAGCUAGGCGGUCCAUUUUGCAGGGGAAUGAAUGAGCUGUCAAGAGAGGACAGGUGGGCUGCAAAGGCCUUACUUCCACAAGGUGGUGGAUCAGGCAGGGGAAUGAAUGUGCUGUCAAGAGAGGACAGGUGGGCUGCAAAGGCCUUACUUCCACAAGGUGGUGGAUCAGGCAGGGGAAUGAAUGAGCUGUCAAGAGAGGACAGGUGGGCUGCAAAGGCCUUACUUCCACAAGGCGGUGGAUCAGGCAGGGGAAUGAAUGAGCUGUCAAGAGAGGACAGGUGGGCUGCAAAGGCCUUACUUCCACAAGGCGGUGGAUCAGGCAGGGGAAUGAAUGAGCUGUCAAGAGAGGACAGGUGGGCUGCAAAGGCCUUACUUCCACAAGGCGGUGGAUCAGGCAGGGGAAUGAAUGUGCUGUCAAGAGAGGACAGGUGGGCUGCAAAGGCCUUACUUCCACAAGGCGGUGGAUCAGGCAGGGGAAUGAAUGUGCUGUCAAGAGAGGACAGGUGGGCUGCAAAGGCCUUACUUCCACAAGGCGGUGGAUCAGGCAGGGGAAUGAAUGAGCUGUCAAGAGAGGACAGGUGGGCUGCAAAGGCCUUACUUCCACAAGGCGGUGGAUCAGGCAGGGGAAUGAAUGUGCUGUCAAGAGAGGACAGGUGGGCUGCAAAGGCCUUACUUCCACAAGGCGGUGGAUCAGGCAGGGGAAUGAAUGUGCUGUCAAGAGAGGACAGGUGGGCUGCAAAGGCCUUACUUCCACAAGGCGGUGGAUCAGGCAGGGGAAUGAAUGUGCUGUCAAGAGAGGACAGGUGGGCUGCAAAGGCCUUACUUCCACAAGGCGGUGGAUCAGGCAGGGGAAUGAAUGUGCUGUCAAGAGAGGACAGGUGGGCUGCAAAGGCCUUACUUCCACAAGGCGGUGGAUCAGGCAGGGGAAUGAAUGAGCUGUCAAGAGAGGACAGGUGGGCUGCAAAGGCCUUACUUCCACAAGGUGGUGGAUCAGGCAGGGGAAUGAAUGUGCAGGAACGAAUCUCACACUCGUCGAGCCAUCGAGGUCGCCGUGACCUGAGCACGGCCCUUCUCCUCCUCUCGCUCGUCCUGCUCUCAUCUCUCCACGCGGCGUUGGCCUUCCGCUUCUCCGCGGGACUCCGCGCGGACAAGCUGCGCGGGAUGAUGCGCGGAUGGGCGCAAGGCGGACGCCCGACAUACCAGCAGCAACAACAGGGCGGCGGAACGAGCGGAGGCGGAAUGCCGGUCGGCGGCGGAAUGGGCGGCGUCGGAAUUGGAGGCGGCGGCAUGGGCGGCGGCGGAAUGGGCGGCGGCGGAAUGGGCGGUGGCGGAAUGGGUGGCGACAGAAUGAGUGGCAGCGGAAUGGGCGGAGGCGGAACGGGCGGCGGCGGAAUGGGCGGCGGCGGAAUGGGAGGACCUGGUUCCUCUGCUCCCGGAUCGCAAUCAGCCAUGGGUCCUGGGGGGGACAUGGGUGGCGGCGGAAUGGGCGGCGGCGGCAUGGGCGGCGGCGGAUUGGGCAGCGGCGGCAUGGGCGGAGGUGGAAUGGGCGGCGGCGGAAUGGGUGGCGGCGGAAUGGGCGGCGGCGGAAUGGGCGGCGGCGGGAUGGCCGGAGGCGGAAUGGGCGGCGGCGGGAUGGGCGGAGGUGGAAUGGGCGGCGGCGGAAAGGGCGGCGGCGGGAUGGGCGGCGGUGGAAUGGGCGGUGACGGAAUGGGUGGCGGCGGAAUGGGCGGCAGCGGAAUGGGCGGCGGCGGAAUGGGAGGCGGCGGAAUGGGCGGCGGCGGCAUGGGCGGACCUGGGUCCUCUGCUCCCGGAUCACAAUCAGCCAUGGGUCCUGGGGGGAACAUGGGCGGAGGCAUGAGUGGUGGUAUGGGCGGCGGCAGAAUGGGCGGCGGAGGGAUGGGCGGCAGAGGCAUGGGCGGGUCAGGGUGGUUUGCUCCAGGGUCGCAGGCAGCACCCGGCCAGGGUGGACCUGGGAUGGGCGGAGGGAUGGCCGGCGGGAUGGGCGGAGGGAUGGGCGGAGGGAUGGGUGGUCCUGGGGGCAACAUGGGAGGUGGUAUGGGCGGACCAGGGUCGUAUUCUCCUUGA